AUGGGACCCUUCAUCACUAAUGAUGGCUCUUGUGGUUUAAAACCUUGUGUGGCUCUGUAUGGUCAUAAGUGUCGUACUCCACUGUGUUGGACUGAGUUAGGUAAACGACGAGUUUUGGGUCCUGAGUUAGUUUCUGAGACUGAAGACAAAGUCAGAUUAAUUUGGGAUCUUCUUAGGGCAAGUUUUGAUAGACAGAAGUCUUAUGAAGAUAUGAAAAUGAGGGAUAUCGAGUACUCUAUGGGUGACUUUGUCUUUCUUAAGGUAUCCCCUUGGAAGAAAGUUCUGCGGUUCAAACGUAAGGGCAAGUUGAGCCCUAGGAUUUAUUGGUCUGACCCAUCUUAUGUUGUUUUGGUUAAGGAGUUCGAGGUUAGACUGGAUUUAACAUUUGAGGAGGAACCGGUUCAGAUUUUAGAUUGA